AUGAACACUAUGUCAGAGGUCAAACGCGGCGCAUACGACAAAGAUAUUGAGGGCCCACCCCUUAAGCAGUCGAAAUGUGAGAAUGAUGCUUCUACCUCUACGGAUGCUGCGUCAUGUAAUGAGUCAUCGAAUGAUGUUGGACGGUCGGUACCUGCUGUUCACGUUCCCAAGACCAAAUACGCCAUAGCAUUUGGUUACCUAGGUACCAAUUAUCAUGGAUUCCAGAUCCAGUCUGGCGUAAGCGUCGAUACUGUGGAUACAGUGGAAGCCCGCAUACUGGACGCUCUGCUGUCGGCAGGCGCAAUCUACCAUGAGCAUUGGAAUACUUUAGGAAAGUUGCAGCUCUCUAAGGCCUCUCGUACGGAUAAGGGUGUACACGCAGCAUGCACGUAUAUCGGUGGCCGUUUCGAAUUGACACAUCUAGCUACUGGCGAGCCUGCUGUUUCCCGUGAGCCAUCUCUAGUUGCGAAACUUAAUGAGCUUCUUCCCGAUGACAUUAGAUGUUUCCAGAUUGUACGAGUGACUCGUGGUUUUUGUGCGAGGUCCAUGUGUUCUAAGCGCAUGUACGAAUAUGUGUUGCCCAUGUGGCUGUUGAAUCGACGCUACGUGUUGGACACAGAUUUUAAACGUGAAUCUUUCGCCGAACUAUCUAAGCAAAUGAGCGAUCAUAUAGAAUCACGCCAACACGUUUCGUGCUCACGACCCUCCAAUGGCGAGGGUCUUGAAGGUUGUACGGAGGAACGUGACUUUGACCGGGAUCUAUUUGAGUCGAUAGUGAAGGCCUAUUGCGGUUCUCACGACUUCAAAAACUUCACCCAGCGUCAGAAGGUAUCGGAUCAGACAACUCAGCGUUUCGUUCACGAUGUUAAAGUGGAAAAGCGUUCUUUAUCAGGUGUUGACGCUGUGAGCGUGGUUAUUACAGGACAGUCAUUCUUGUACAACCAGAUCCGCAAGAUGCUGGGGCUUGCAUAUGCCGUAUAUCUUGGAACAGCUCCGCAGUGCGCUAUUAGGUUCGCCCUUUCUAAGUGGCAUACAGUUCACACACCACUCGCCCCGGCCGAGGGUCUCUUUCUGCACCACCCAUACUUCGACGCCUAUAACCGGCGCUGCUCUCCACCUCAGACCCCUUUCAUCGAAUAUGAUGACGUCGAGCCACUAGUUGAGGAGUUCAAGCGCACACGUGUGGAUGAGUUGUCUAAGGGUGAAAAGUCACUUGGAGGUCCGCCUUAUUUGACGGAUUACAUGACGAACCCCGAUAACCCGGUCGUCUUCCUUGAUAUCCAGGUAGGAUCACAUCCUAUAGGUCGUCUUAAAAUUGAGUUGUUUGCUGACAAGGUUCCACGUACUGCUGAGAACUUCCGUCAGUUUUGCACUGGUGAAUUCAAGCAUAAUUCAUGUUCUGUGGGCUACAAAGGCACGACAUUUCACAAGAUAGUGGCGGAUUGUAUGGUUCAGGGAGGCGACUUCGUGAAGGGUGACGGUACAGGGUCCCUAAGCAUCUAUGGUCACAGUUUUGCCGACGAGAAUUUCGUCUUGAAGCACACUCGAUGCGGUAUGUUGAGUAUGGCUAACACUGGGCCGGAUAGCAACGGCUGCCAGUUCAACAUCGUGACCAAGGCAUGUGAUUGGAUGGAUGGCAAGAACGUGGUGUUCGGCUGUCUAAUCGACGACGACUCCACUUUAGUUUUACGUAAGAUCGAAAGCGUGACAGUUGGGGAUAACUAUCGCCCUAAGCUUCCAGUAACGAUCGUACAGUGCGGGCAGCUGUGA